AUGAGUCCUGAUAUCUCGAAGAAAAGUGCCACAAAUUACGGCGAUGAAGCUAUUCAGAAUCUAUUAAAAACAUUAAGGUCGCAUAACGAAAUUGAAAAAAGAAAGGCAAUGGAAAACAAUAUAGAACAACAUCCUCAAACUAUCAAGAAGUGUUUAGGUGACACUCUUGGAGGCAUAGUAAUCAACUUGAUCCCUAAAGAUGAAUUGAUAUGGUGGGCGGAAAACGAUAGAGUACCACUACAUUUUGAGUUGACACCGAAAAAUAUGCUAUCCGGCAACAUAAAACUGACACCAGUGGAUAAUGAUGAGGACACUAUGACAUUAUACUUAAAUUUAAUAAUGCUCGUCGGUGAACGUCUCAAGAGUCAAGCUGAAAAUAAAAUUAAUGAAGAACAUAACGAAGUACUUAAAAAGAAAGUUGAAGAGUUAAUACAAAAAAAAAAUUACACUUUGAACCAGAAUAUUAGACCUGCGGAAAGAUUGAGAUACGAAGAAAACUUAUCUAAAGUCAUGGAACGAUUCAAUAAUUGCAAAAUCGCUAAAGCCAAACAGAGCGUUAAAGUGAACAUGAUGAAAAAAUGCAAUAAAGAAAUCGAAAACAAUUCGAAUAAAAUUGCUCGUAGUUUGAAAAAUAUUUUGAAGACGUCCGCAGAAAAACGAGAGAACCAGAUGAGGAAUGAAUUUCAUUAUCAAAUGGAACUGGCACGAAGUGAACUGUUCGAAGAAUUUAUGGAAGAAAAAUGUGAAUGUAAACUUUUUUGGGAAAAAGAAUUGAGAGCGAUAAAAGAAAAACAUGAUAGAGAACUAAAAUAUUUGAAGGUAUCAAUGGAGGCAGAGCAUAUCCAAAAUCUAACUGAACUACAACACUGGUAUGAAAUAGAAAAACGAAAAAAAAUGUUAGAACUUUUUAACACAAAUGGAACCUAUAAAUCUAAAAAAAAAUAA